UCUGAUUUGGUGGGUGCAAUUAAAGAAUGAGUGAGAAUGUUAGGAUUUAAACAACCCAUUUUGCAUAAAUCUUCCGAAGAUGAUGGCUUGCUUGAAAGAUUUGAUUUUGGUUGAUUGAUAUAUGUAGAAGAAUUCUGCGGCGAGUUUUGGCUCACUUGACUUCCUGAGCAAAUUCUUCAUCAACCCGAAAUUUAAUCAAUUGGGCCCCACCCGUACCCGACCCGUAUAGAUAUUGUCUCGGCCCGUUCGGAGCUAAAAACACAGACACACGGAGAUCAGCCGGCGCCGCCGCCGCAUUCCAUGGAAACACACUCUCAAUCAAUCCGAGUGCUAGUUCGCCCACCGCCGUCGCCCGCCCCCACGCACCCCCUCCCUCCGCAGCCCCCGCCGCCGCCCGACGCAUCUCCGCCCACUAAGAACGGCGUCGUGGUGGUCGGAUUCGUAGGGAGGCGCCGCCACGAAGUCGCCCAUCUCAUCAACAAAAUCGUCGACUCCUACGCCUUUGGCUCCGGCGGUUUGGACACUCCUUUUCGCUUCGAGCCCGAUAGGAUCGACUCGGAGAUGAGGAUAUGGCUGGAGAGCAGGAAUUUGAGCUUCUAUCUCGACGAAGACAGGGGGAUUUUGUACCUGCAAUUCUCCAUGGCUGACUGCACACUAGCUGAGGCGAUGCUGUCGGAGGGGAGGAUGGGUUUAGAGUCGGAUUUGGAGGAUCGCGAGCUCGGGGAUCUCAAGGGAUUGAUUUUUAUGUUCACUGUCUGUCAUGUUGUAAUACUGAUCCAGGAGGGGUCACGCUUCGAUACUCAAUUGCUAAAAAAGUUCCGGGUUCUGCAAGCUGCUAAACAUUCAAUAGUUCCAUUUAUUAAAUCACAAAAUAUAUCAUCCAUAGCGUCUAGGCCACGUUCUUCAGCUCAGUCACGAAUACCUGCUUCCAGGGCAUUAUUUAGUAAUGCUGUUCCUGGUAAAAUUCAAGGGAUUCAGAAUCGCAAUGCUUCAGCCAAUUCAGUAAUGUCAGGUUUAGGUUCCUUCACCUCCUUGCUACCCGGUCAAUGUACCCCAGUUGUACUCUUUGUGUUUGUUGAUGAUUUCUCUGAGAUUUUUAAUACGGAACAGUCUUCAGAGACCUCGUCCUUAAAUGUGCCGUCAAGUUUUAACAUCUCUGCGAGACCAGGAAUGGGUGCUAAAGGAUCUAGUUCUGUUGUUAUGCUUGCACGGCCUGUGAACAAUUCUGAAGGUGGACUGAGGAAAAAAUUACAAUCAUCCCUUGAGGCACAAAUUCGGUUUUCAAUAAAAAAAUGCCGAACGCUUUCAGUAUUCGAAGGCAGUCAUGGUGGGUCAAGGACUGGUGCAGUUGCUAACUCGGCCCCUCUUUUUACACUGGAUGCAUCAAAGGCUGUUUCACUCGUAGAUGCUUGCUCAACUCAGAGUUGUGAAUCUCUCGAGUUUGCAAUUGGCCUUGUUGAUCAAGUAUUAAAUGGGAAAGCAACCCCAGAUUCUCUUUUGCAUGAAAGUCACCAUCAAAAUACAAACAAGGAGGAUAUCCUCUCUGUGAAGGAGUUCAUCCACAAGCAGUCUGAUCUUCUAAGAGGAAGAGGUGGUUUGCUGGGUAAUGGCAGCAGCGGUGCUGCAGGUGUUGGUAUGGUUGCUGCUGCAGCGGCGGCUGCAGCAGCCUCGACCUCUGCAUCUGCUGCUUCUGCAAAGUCAGUUAACCCCCCCGAGCUCCCAACUUUAGAGAUAUGGUCAACUUCUUCUCAGUCGAUUCUUCACAGAAUUCUUUCUGUAAAACCUGCUUGCACAUAUCAAGGAAAAAUUAACCACAUGCAAGAGCAGGAUGCAAGCAUACCACUGACAGAAACUGUACCAACGUCUUCUGAUCCAUAUCAAUCUGCAUCGUCACUUCUGGAGAAUGGUAUUGGAAUGAACACUAGAUUUUCAAUCUCGUGGUGUGAAAAAGCCUUUCCAGUUGCAAAGGAGGUGUAUUUGAAGGAUCUUCCUCCUUGUUAUCCAAGUUUUCAGCACGAGGUCCAUUUAAAGAAAGCGUUGCAUGCCUUUAUGUCUAUGGUGAAGGGACCUGCCGUGCACCUGUAUUUUAAAAAAUUGGAGGACGAAUGCAUGUCUAUCUGGAGUUCUGGAAGGCAAUUGUGUGAUGCAGUUAGUCUGACUGGGAAACCUUGCAUGCAUCAAAAGCAUGACAUAAAAUCUAUUUCCAGUGAUGAGAUCAAACAUCAUUCAAGUGGAUUUGUUUACCUCCAUGCUUGUGCAUGUGGGCGUUCUAGGCUAUUGCGGCCUGAUCCUUUUGAUUUUGAUUCGGCAAAUGUUGUGGGCAAUACCUUCGUUGAUUGUGAUAAGCUUCUUCCAAGAGUUAAGUUGCCAGAAGGAAUUGUUAAGGGACCCAUUCAACCUUCAUCAUGGAAUUUGAUUCGUAUUGGGGGUGCAAGGUAUUAUGAUCCUUCAAAAGGUUUAAUCCAAAGUGGAUUUUGUGCAACUGAGAAAUUUCUUCUUAGGUGGACUAUAUUUCUUGAGAAACCACCGCUAAAUGACUUCCAGCAGGGUUCCUCAGACAGAAAUCCCGGAUUCGAAACUGCUUUAGAAGCAGAUGAUCAAACAUCUGAUGUUGCUCGGUUAGGAGCUGGAAGGGCACAAAAUGGAGUUGGGACUCCAAAAAAGCCCUAUUCGGAUAUCACUGGAAAUGGUAGUAAACAAUUGAGUGCUGGUCGAGGAUUAUCCAACAUUACAUUGAGAAAACCAUUUUCUGAAGUUGUUACUGGAACUGCUGCUAACUCUGCAUUUCCUCCACUCUUUUCUAGAAAACAGCCUAUACAAGAUGCUGAGAAAGGUGUUAAAUUACAUGAUGGACGGCACAGGGAUCUGGACAAACUUGGCGAUGCUGUCUACAGUCAAGAAACUCUAAAGGUUAAAGAUACUGUGCCCGUUGAUAAUUUGCAGCAUAUUGGCACUGCUAACAAUGCCACAGAGUAUGGCGAUUCUUUUCCUCAUAUUGGAAGCAAUAUACCUUCUUUAAAUGUGAUUGGUGGUGAACAGAUUAAGGCCACCAAUCCUCCAAUGAAGGCUGCCACUGUAUAUGUGGGGUUUGAACAUGAGUGUCCCCGUGGCCAUAGGUUUAUAUUAACUCGGGCUCAUCUUAGUGACCUGGGGUCACCAUUCUCAGUGCUUGAGGAGAAUGGUCUCCCUUUGCCAGUGGAAAACUCAGAUAAAAAACAAGAUCCAGCUAAAUUGGGUAAACUUGGCAACAGUGGUAGAACCAGACGGCAGGGACAUGGGCUAGUCAUGGGUGGUGGUAUUAGUAAGGCGAAGAACCUUGAGAAGUCAAAAGAGAAAGUGGUCAAUGGGAACAGAAACAGAAACAAUAGAAACCUUGCCGAGGAUCUUGAUGACCUUAAACCCACUAGUAUUGAUGUUCACGGUGGUGCCUUCUCCCUUUUGAAUAGAAACUUACCGAUAUAUAUGAACUGUCCACAUUGUAGGGAGUCAAGGUCCAAAAACAAUACAUCUAAUGUUAAGUAUGCAAGUGCUAUCUCACAGCUGCAGAGGAUCUUUGUGGUGACUCCUUCAUCUCCGAUUGUUUUGGCUGCAAACCCAGUUAUUCAAUUUGAGUUAUCUUGUUUACCUCCCUCUAUCCCUGAUCGUGAACAAAAGCUACAAUUCAGCUUGGGCUGCCCUGCGAUUCUGCCGCCAGAUAGUUUCCUCUCUUUGAGGCUUCCUUUUGUUUAUGGUGUAGAACUGGAGGAUGGGAGUCUGCAUUCUCUUAAACCUUUUGAAAAUCAGCCACACCUCACUGCAUGUAUAAAGAGGGGAACAGCUUUGCAGGUUAUGCCAAAUCGGGGCGCUCUUAAUCCCGAAUCAGCGUGGUUGACGUCAAAAAACUUUCCUGCUCCAUAGACGAUUGACUUGUACUCGGUUUCUGGGUACUUUGCAAGUGGAGACUUCCCCUACCGCAUGAGGUAAAUCCUCGAAGUGUGCUGUGAGAAGUCAAAAAUAUGAAUUUUCAACCUUUUUUAUGUCAGGUAUAUAGAGCAUUCAAAUCUUAACAAGACUCUUUCAUUGGAGUGUCAGUGAGUGCAAUAGAUAUAUAAGUGCGUAUAUAUAAUUGACAUAAUGAAAAUGGAUAGUAGAUGAAAGAUGUGUUCUUCUAAAACUUAGUAUGCUGUAAACAUGAUAAGCUUGCAAAUAAUAUUGUUCCUUUUAGAGCUCCGGAGUUUAGUUUCUCACUGUACUUUUUCCUCUUUCCACAACUACGAAGAGGACUGGUGAAGUUGGCUUCCAUCUGUAAUCGGGGAAAAGAAAACGAAUUAUAGAAGUCGUCAAUACUUAACUGGCUUGCUUACCUAAGCUUCGAUUUUCAGGUUUCUCCGUUUGAUACAGCAGCCCUGAGAUUGCUGGCCUUCAGCUAUGGAGGUUCCUAUGCGUUUUCCUUAUUAUCUUUAUACAUCUCGAUAGAUUCUCAUCCAUUUUCUCUAAACUUGCAUCUCUAUUCAUUUCAUUGCAUUCUUAUCUCUACUUACUUUUCAUCAAAUGUUUACCUUGUUUGGUAGAGUACAAGUUAAGGGCGAAACUGAUUUGGUAAAACGCGAAAAGAUGAAGCACCGUUUUCGUCUUCUAUAACCUAUAAAUCUUUGAUUUUAACAAGAGUGAUUGGUGGAUUAUUAGGAAUUUUUCCAAUGAUUUAUUUUUCCGGAAUAGUAAUUCUACAAAUCUUGCUGGGAGAAUAAGUUUAUUUGUUGAUCGUAAUUCUACAAAUCUUGUGAUUUAAAUUGCAGAUGAGCAGCGUCUCCGAUGGGCUGGGCUGGGCCAGUGGCCGUCGCGGCGUGAAAUACAUUUUCCCAUGGACUGUGCGGAACACAGGAGUCCUUGCAACUCAGAGAUAUGUCGAAGGAAUUAUGAAGAGAUGGAAUUAUGAAAGUUGUGAUGCUUUAUUGCUAGCUUAUUAAAUAUCUCAUUUUGUUAUUUUGCGAACAUUUUUGUCCAAAUUGAGUCGAUGUCUUUGCCCAGAUCA